UGAAAAAAAAUCUUUACUGCAAAACAUUGCGUGAUCCUUGGUACGUGCACAACAGAUCAACUAUCUAUGAUCGUAGACUUGAGGGAGGGCAUCCAGGACGAACUCAAACUGUCCACCUACUUUUUUCAUCGAGAAAAAAAAACAUAUAGAAUGUUAUUUGCGAAAAAAGCCGCCAUCUACGAAGAAGGCCCGAACAUUCACAUCGGUUUGUUUCAGAGACCGGAUAAGAUUCUGAAUUCGAGUGCCAGCACACUAGAUCGUGAUGCGGCCUCGGGUGCGGUAAGUAAGCUUUGCUUGCUUGACAGACAACGUACAAACAUGCGUAUCUGCCCGCCAAUGGUAGCAGUUCCUGGAACCCAUCAAAGAUUCAACUCAGCCAGCUACCCGAAUCCGACAGAUCAUUCCAAACUAGUCAUCAUUGCAAGCACGAUUACAGCAUACGGACAUGACCCUACCCAAGGAUUCCGCUCUGAGGCAAUUUUUAUAACGCUCUGGGUACCGCGUUCAAGUUCAUCUUCCUGUGUUGAACUUACACAAGAGUCUUCUACGCAGAACAUCAAAUUUUAUGGAUGCGUAGUUCAACCGUCGCACCACGGAAGUAGACAUCUCCCCCAACUACGGUUCCUUGGUUGGUACCCCGAUCCGGUGAGUUCCAUUAUUUUGGCUUUCAUUCGUACCUUCCUCCCUCCUUCCAUGCGUGAAUCUUCCUGUGCGACCCAUCAUUCUCCUUUCUGACUUGCCUUUUGAGUAGGCUGCGUGAUCGCCUGAUCUGGCGUACGAUUGGCCUGCCACCUCUCUGACCCUUUCUGGCUACCUUGUCCUUACAAGGGCCUGAACUGCGUCUUAUUCAAUUCAACAACUUGACAUAAGGGCAAUCGAUCUCCGGUUUU